AUGGCACCUCGGAAGAGGAAGAGGGGAGCGAGCGAGCCGGAGGUCGUGACUCGACUGCGACGCGGUGGUGUCUCCAUCCUCGACGCCGUCUUCACGGAGCUGCCCGACGUGUUCUAUGGCGAGAUCUUGCCCAAGCUUGACCUGCUGGACACUGCGAACUUGGCGCAGGUGAGCAAGUCGUGGAACGACGCGGUGUGGAGCGUGGGGGGAGUGCGGUCGUUGGAGCCGAAGAUCAAGGCACAUAUGGAGAUGAUUGAAGAUCCGUUCUUCUGCACUGAACCGAUGUAUUGGGCGGCAAUGGAGAACCACGUGCCCUUGGCCAGGGCUCUCCUGGAGUCAGGCGUGGACGUGAAUGCGAAAAUGAGAUGGGGCGAGGGUAGCACUAGUGCUUUGUGGCAUGCAUGCGAUGCAGGAUCGCCGGCGGUUGUGAAGUUACUGAUAGAGGCGGGGGCUGAUGUUAACGUCUCGUGCGAUCAAGAAACGGCUCUUGACAACGCGGCAAGAAAGGGCUUCACGGUGAUAGUCGCUAUGCUCCUCAAGGCGGGCGCAGACGUGAACCUCGGAUACCCCCUCCAUUCUGCCAUGCACGCGGAUGUACACGAAGCAAACGAAGCGAUCGUGACCUUGCUACUCCAAGCCGGUGCAGACAUUGACAAGGUGAACGGUUACGGAAAGACUGUGAUGCAAUUGGGAAUCGGACCCGGCUUUCCAGAGGGUUCUCAUGGAUACGCGCUUGAAAUGGUAUUUGCAUGA